GUUGGAACACGCACAAAGUGCGACGUGCUAAGCAAAGCGCUUGCCAGCAUAGGCAUUAGCAGGCAAGGCCUUGCCUUUUCCGCUUCGUUCGUGUUGUCUUAUCUUGUGGUGCUGGGGUGCGUUGCGACCCGGGGCGGCAUCGCGCUCAUUGCCUUUCUUGCGCAGCCUUUUCAUUCAGUUGACAACUACUUGGUACUAAGGGCGCGCUCCGCUUGCUUUGUUUUUCGCUUUUGCAGUCCCAGCGCUUUGCGUUAGUCGUCAUAUGCCAGUGUCAAUCUUCCCACUUGCCCUGUAGCCGUUGCACUUGCAUUCCCUGCGUUCUUGCUCUUUGCUUUUGCGCUUUUUUCCUUUUCGUUUUUGUUUGAUUUCGCUUUUUGUUUGACUUUGAUGUCGCCUCGGCUACUAAUAAUAGUUACGAAGAAGCUUGCUCCACUUGUUUUUGCUUUUUGCUUUCAAGGGAUACGCUUGUUGCGUCCUAGCCUGAUACGCGCCCCCUGUAAAGCGUGGCCGUGACUAAGCAUCUGACCACUUACGGAUAUUGCGAGCGCACCAUGAAAAUCGUUCUGGGUUGUGACAUUGUGUUGCUUUCUUUUUGAUGCAAGCGUUUAUGGAAAGAGAGCGGGCGCAUCUGCACAUUGUAGGUGUAGAAGCUGCAUGGCAAUUAUUCGCGUCAUUAAGUAGGCCAUCGGUAUCGCGUCAGAGCCAAAGUCUGGAAUGUUACAGCCGAGCCUUCCCAUAUCAUAUGCAGGGAGUCGGUUUUCGUUUUCGUGAUCAAGUAGUCAAAAAAGAAGAGGAGAAGGGUGCUCUUCUGGAUAUUAUAUAUGCGCUUUGUUUUCUAUGACGGGCUCAACAAUUAAAUUUAAAAAUCGCGCGACCUGUACUCGUGUGCACUCUCUCUGUGAAGAAGUCACCGCGACACCCCGACUUUUUCAGUAGCUUGAAGCA